AUGGUUUCGACGGACGCGCUUGCAUAUUCAAUGGAUAAGAGUACUGUUCGCAAUCGAAGAUUAAGAGAAAAAUAUACUUCCUUAUCAGUGGAAGAAAAAGAAGCUCGUCGAGCUAAGCAGAGGAAAGCUUAUCAAGAGAGAAAAGCAAGGAAAGCUGUUGCAUCCACAGACAAAGAGGCUAAUGUGCAACAAUCUAUUACUAUCAAAUCAGUUGUGCAACAACAUAACAAAAGUAAUUCUCUGUGUAAAAGCAAUGCUGAAUCAAAAGCCAAGCUGAAGAAGCAUGUUUCUAUAUUUUCCACAUUUGAACGUGGUUCUUCCUCAACACAGACACCAGUCUAUAAAUGCAGAAGAACCAGCAGACUAAACAUUGCAGAUGAUCCUUCUAUGUGUGACAACUGCUAUAAAUUCUUGCAUGAAACAGUUGAUGAUCUUGCAGACAUAUCUAUGACAGUACAUCCUCAGCCAGUGGAAGACAAUGCUUCUCAUAUCAUGAAAAAUCCAUCUAAAAAUACAGCUAGUGUAGAUGCUCUGAAUUUCAUUAGGCAUAAUGCAGACCAGCUUUCUGAUGCAUUAGAUUGUAAAUAUUGUGGAGCAAAAAAAUUCUACUCGGAGACAGCAAACUUUUGUUGUUCUGAUGGCGAAGUUCUGCUCCAUGAAAAUAAGCUACCUGAUAUCCUAAUUGAACUUUUUACUGGUCAAAGUGAAGAAGCUAUACAUUUUCGAACCUAUGUCAGAACCUAUAAUAGCAUGUUUGCAUUUACUUCCUUUGGCAUUCACUAUGACAAAUUCCUCUGCAAGAGAACAAACGGAAUCUAUACAUUCAAGAUGCAAGGUCAAACCUACCAUUGCAUCAAUGAACUAAUACUGCAUAGAGGAUCAGGAAUGUAUCUUCAGCUUUAUUUCCAUGACACAGAACAUGAGAUUCAGAAUCGAUUAGCAACAUCACAAAAAGUGCCCGAAAGUAUUAUAGUGAAGCUAAUAGAAGUAAUGAAAGAAAAUCCAUAUGCUUGCUUCUUCAGGAGUUUGAGAAAUCUCCUAAACUUGGACUCAUAUCAGAUUGUAUUAAAAUCUCAUAGCGACAGUGACCAGCGAGUGUUUAAUAAACCACUUGUGUCUCAAGUUGCACCUUUAUGGGUUGACGGAGAAAAUGUUUAUCAAGCCUAUUCUAGACACAUACAGAUAUAUACUAAAGAAGGACACAACCACCGAGUACAAUAUUACUACGACUGCUAUGACCUUCUUCAGUAUCCGUUGCUUUUUCGAUUCAAAGAAACUGGAUGGCAUCCAAGUAUACAAUGA